CAGGGAGGCAAUUGUAAGAUGGAUGUCGAUUCGCCCAAUGCCCUGAAACGUUGCUCCAGUGCACCACAAAUAAAUAACCUCCUGGCUAGCACCACUGUCGGUGUGCAGCCGAUGGAAGAAGGACAAUCACAACCCGUGCCAAACACCAGCGGUAAUAGUAACAGCAUCAGCACCACCAGCAGGAUGAACAGUGGCGGCCUACAACAUCAACAUCUUCAGCAGGUACUGUUGUCUGACGGACAUUCGGAACAACUUCACGCAGGUAACGCGAGUAUGCUGAAUACAAACACUUUCCACCAAGGAGCAACUGCAACAGGAUCCAGAGAAUCACUUCCCACGUCAUUUUCGAACAUAUUUACGCCACGCGUAAGACGAUUUUCCGCUAGUUUCAGUCCGCUGGCUGUGAUUUCGAAUGGCAAUGCCAGCCCGGGUCGGAAUGGUAGUGGAACACCGGGACCGAGGUUAACGCCACGAAUAUCGCAGCUGCGACAGGAAGAGUGUGCCGAUGUGAGCAACAGUCGGGAAGUAAACCACGAGCGAGAAAUUCACACUGCCAUGCAGAUGUCGCAAAGUUGCGAAGAUUUAACGCUCGUUGCGGAAAACUGGUCCUUUUCUUCUGGAUCCGCCGGGAAGAUGGUGAUCGAUGAUCUCCAAAAUCCACUGCACGUCGCCUUACCCACGAUCGGCUCUACGUGCUGUUCUAGUCCAUCUCCCACGAGUCGUGGCGGAAUCGGGUUGCAGUAUCCAACAACGUCGCCCUCACCGACCCGAAAGUUCGUCACACGACGUUCCAUGUCACCGUGUCCGCUGCGACCCAGUCCACUGAGUUCGUCGGUGAAGCGCAAAUUUGAUCUAGAGGACAACUAUGGCAACUGUUACUCACCACCAUCGAAGAAAGUUUUUUCCUCUGAAAGAGGUACAUCUCCUGUUUGUCAAACGCCAUCACCGUCACCGAUAUGUCCCAGUCCGGAUUCAUCGACGACCUCGUUUGAGAAUGGUAGCAACAACAAUAAUGGCAUGGGCAGCAACAUACCACUGUGCGGUCCGUUCCCUCUCGCGGCCACUACCAGCUCCAACAGUGGGCGCAUAACACCAAAGUUUUUCCUUACCAAGCUGUCCGGUAUUCCGAGUCCGGGCGCAACCAUCUGCUCGACGGCACCCUUCGGAACGAUAAGUACGAUGACUUUCGGAGGAAACAGUGGUUCGAGCAGUGCCUGUUCUACACCGACCGGUACAACAAACCCGAUUGGGUCGCUUGUCGGUACAAACGCUACCCUAAUGAUGGAUUGUGGCGUAAGUAGCAGUACGGGCGGUGGCACCGAGUGUAGAGACACUACGAUGGAAGUAGGCCAUACGGUGGGAGCAAACAUGUAUGAAGAUAGAUCUAUGGCGGUGGAUGAAGCGACGGGAGGACGGACGAAGGAUGCGGUUAAUUCCGAUAGCAUUAAGAUGGCAUGUGAUGAGAGCGAAGCGAAUAUUAGUGAUAAUCAACGCCGGCGCAGACUGACCAUUGGGCCAUCGGUGGCAAUCAGUGCUUCGCGUGAGUUGCGCGAACAGGUACUGAAAUCGGCACUGGACCCAGAUGCAGCCGGUAGCUGCAACAGCAACAGCAGCAACAGUAGCAGUAGCAGUAGUAAUAGCAACAGCAGCAACAGCAGCUCCAUCACUAGCGAUAGUAAUAACAGUGCCAACACUAACAGUAGUCGAAUGAGUAGCUUGGCCGUGAGUGGCCCCGGUGUAAAUGCUCUCGACAGCAGUAGCAACGCAAGCACGAGCAGCGUUGAUACGGGCGGCGGUGCUACGGUAGCAGGUGCUGGUACGGCCAAUGCAGCCACCAUUUGUCCCUCACUGACAUCGUUUCCUAUGAUGGCCAUACCGAACAAUCUGGCAGAGAUUGCAGAAUCGUGA